CCCAGUCUUUCAGUCAGGUGGUGACCCUUCCAAAAAAGAAGAUGGCGGUUCGAUGAGACUUGCGAUUUCACUACGAUUGCAGUUUUAGUUAGUGGAAAUGGACGCCUCUUCGCAAGGAUCCGUUACAAAGUCUUCGUCAAAAUUGCACAAAGAAACCCAAGGUGAAGAUGCAGAAAGUUGUUCUAGCAAAGACCACCCAAUCAGCGAGGAAACGUCAAAACAGUCUACAAGCACUUCUGAUCAGACAGGUAAGCUUAUAGGAAACUAUGUAUCACCUGAUAAGAGCGAUCACAUUACAGCAUCACCAUGCCAUAAACAUAAAAAAAAAUUCAUAAAGCAUGUAAAAUUAAAUUAUUCCUUGUAUUAAAUGGUGUUUUUUAUCAUGAAAGGUGCUUAUUUAAAGAGCAUAGCAGGCAACCAUUGAGAGUUUAGAAAAUAAGCUUAAUUGUAAGUCACAUUAUAUAAAGUACAUGGCUCUUCCUGUAGGUGAGAAAUUUCAUUCAGUUCCUAAGGGUUGAUUUCCCGUGUCGGGUAAUUUUUACGUGUGUACGUGCGUAAAAUUUACGUUCGCAAAUAAAAUAGAGGCAAUGCAGGAAAGGUCGCCUGUAAGCUUAAAAGUUGAACGUCUCUCAACUUCUUCUUUAAGCUCAGCACUUUUUAUCCUGCCUCUAUUUUAUUUACGUAAUUAAAAUUUACGUGGGUUAAUGUUCAUAGCCAAAAACGCGUCAGUGGAAAUCCACCUUAAGUAAAACAGGAUAUUGUCUAAAUAACCAGCAUGCAUCUUCAGCAAGCAUUUCCUUUUCUAGCCAUAAUAAGCUUAUUAUCCCUUAGGACAAAGGUUUCCCUCAAAUUUCCCCAACAUCUCACCCCCAGUUUUGCUGUGGUUGCAUACAAAUCUUGGAGUAUGGCCGAGAGAGUUUCUUCGUCAGAUGUAAUGGGCGAUUCCAGAAAAUAUCUAUACCUUACCACGACAGCUUCCAUGUUUUAACCCUUCCCCCGUGCCCUCGGAAUUUCCCUCGGCACAUCUACUUUAUGGAAGAUAAUUCAUUGCAUACAAUGUCUAAGUUAGGACAUGUGUAGAUCCAUGUUGUCAUUAAAGUUCUUCAUACAUUCUAAGUAGCAUAGUGCACACAGCAAACAUAGAGAUCAGAGAAUGUGAGAGAGGUUAAAAGCAAUGGAAAAUCAUCAACCAUCAAGACAAGCAUGAUGUGGUAUUGGUAUUUUAUAGAUUUUCAACAUGGUAGUUCAGUAUUUGCCAAUUUUUCUUACAGUAUUGCAGUAUUGGUUAACCCCCUCUAUCUACAUUGUACAUGUAUAUGAUGGGAGGAAAUGAAAUCAAAUGUGAAGACUUUAACAUACAGAAACUAUUUCUUGAUGGUAACUUCAAUGUGGGCCUUCAAGUAUGGUCAGAUUUCCAUGUCCAACCACCACACAUAAUGAUAACCACGUCUCAGAAUGGAAGUCGCAAGUAAUAGACUACCUUAUUCACAAUACCAGCUAUUUUUGCGUACCCUUUUAUUUUGAUGGGAGAUAUUUGGGAGCUUUAGCAGAGGUAUUUUUGAGUGACGCACUUCAACCGGAAAUGAGGUCUUUUCCCUUUUAAAUAUGCCUUGACACUUCAAAAUUCGUAUUGUAAAGUGUUUUAACUCUUGCAGAGACUGAUACUUGCCGAAACAUUUGGGCAAAACCACCGCUCAAGAAUAAAAAAAAUCCAUAUUUUCCAGUUAAGGUACAUUGCUGAAAAACGUCUUUGCUUAGCUCCAGGCUAUUGUCACUUACAGUGUAUCUGCCCCCUGAGAAACCAUUUCGCAUUAGUCCUUAAGUGGGUGGAAAGAUGGCAGGUGUUGGGAGUAACGUCUGUUACUAAACCCGGGGUGCAAAGAAAAUCAUUUUUACAGCUUGCCAUUCAGGCACGCUGAAGCUAGCGUUUACUAGCCCAGACAUCAUUUCAGGUAGCCCCAAAAACUUUUUGACUAGCAGAAUUGAUUUCACAGUUCUUCUGUUAUUCAAAUUCCUCAAAAAACAUCACUUGCCCAUCGGGACAAGUUAAAAACAGAAUUCACUAGCCCGAUAGCAAAAUCCACUAGCCCCGGGCUAUCAGACACUUUCUUUCCUUGCAACUUCAAAUGGUUACUCUUAGGCCCAAGAGAAACCAACGUCAAUUUUGUCCUAACAAUUAUCAAUACAUCACGAAAAGAAAAAGUUAUGAGAAUGAUUUAAUAUAAUGAUCACUUGGUGGAAAAUGGUUUGAUCUUUCACUAAUUUCUGUCAAAUAACUCUUUAAGGAAAUCUUUGUUGAUCAGCUAGGAUAAUUUGUAACGGGAUUUUGGGGCUUAACGGAUUAAGGGAAGCUUGACUGCGUUUACAUAUCUGAGUACAUGUAUACAGUUAUUUUGAGAAAUGUUGUCAGAAAAAGUGCACAUGACAAUCCCAAAGGGUGUUCUGAGUGGUUUUGAGUCCACUGUUCUUCAAAGAAAUUUGAAAGAAUGGCACUAGAAACCAAUGGACAUAUGUUUGGGAGUGCUAAAGGGAAGCAGCAAAAGUAAAUUCGACAGCUACAGUCGUCAGGAACAGUGUAUUGAUCAUAUCCCAUAUUACCUUUUGGGAUUGUCGCGUACACAUUUUUUCGGAAAACCUGUCCUUGAAAUAGCUGUAUAUGUUACAGGUCAAAUUUGAUUUCAGUUUGGAAUUUUUUCAGCUAGUUGAUUCUUGAUUUCUCGUGGAAAUCAAGAAAACCGGGGGAAAUUGAGAAUUAAUCUUGGUUAAAUCAAAAUUAACCUGAAAUCGAAUUUUGAUAAACAGAAUGUAUCUCCAUUUUUUUUUUCCAUCUCUUCUUUGUAGAGCAAAGUGGCAGGAGUGAGAAUGAAAAGAGCUCAGUUUGUAAAGAAUCAUCAUCAGCUGCAGCAAAUGAUGGAGGGAUAGAAAGUCAUUUAACUGCAGAACUGAAACGAGAAGAUUCUCAAAUUUCCAGUCCUGCUUCAGAAGUUGCUAUGGAGACGAAGGCAGAAAGAACGCUUUCAGCACGAGCUGAAAUGGACACUUACGAAGAAAUAAAUAAGAGUGAGGUUGCAUCACUUGACGACUGGGAGAAUGUUCACAAGUCAUGUCUGUCCGAGAUACCACCAGUUGAUCCUGAGGUAUUGAGCGACUUGGAGCUUAAGGCCGGUGACAUUGCCAGAAAUCUGGAUCACAUGCUUACAGCACUUGCGCAUACUUUGAAGGCGAUGUCGCAAGUAAGCAUGGAAUGUCUUGGUGUGUAUAAUUCUUGUGUGGAUCAUGUGAGUGAAACUGUAGAUGAGAACAUCAGAUCAAUGUACCCUCUAAUUGCGAGGUGUGAAGAACUGAACGCCAGCUUAAAACCUGUGCAAAACAUGGCAGAACAAGUGAAGGAGAUUAAGAAAACUUUGGAUGCCUUUGAGGCAAUUUGCAAAUAAAAGAACAGCUAAAGUGUUUUAUUUACCAUAAUUAUUUAUAGUGAUCCUUGGACUAAUUUAAUUUUUAGGCUAAGUGGUAUUGUCUGUUAAGUUAAUUCAUUCUAUAAAUCAGUACCACAGUAGGGCUUGAAAAAAACUUGAAUCCCAUCUUGUCCUUUCGGCAAACAGCUCUUGCAUUUUGCUUGCCCAGAGCCACUUCUUGCUUGUCUUAGGGCUAGUGCACUGGAAAAGGUACCUGCCAGCCAAGAAAACCUACUUGUGCAGGACAGGACUGCUGGACGGAACUUUUUUCCAGCCCUGCACAGAAAAUGUAAGAAGAA